AUGGAACAAGCAAUUUGUGAAGGCGCAUCAUACGGCACAGCAUAUGAUGAUAGUGAUCAGUAUAAUUCUUGCAACGUUAAUGUUCCAUCGCUUAGUGAAGAUGACACACAACAUGUGGACAAGAUAAUUUGUAUGGGGAAAGAAUCUGGAAGUGUUAUUGAAGUAGUGGACAAUGCAAUGGCAGUGAAUCAUGAGUUACCUGAUCACACUGGAAUUCCAUUAGAUGAAAUCCCGUACAUAGGAUUGAGAUUUGUUUCCUUGCAGCGGGCACAAGAGUUUUACGCUAAUUAUGCAAAGAAAGUUGGCUUCGUGACCAGGAUUAGGAAUACCAACUUUGAUAAGACCAGGAAGGAUUCAAAGAUACCCGUUAACCAAUCGUUACACUGUAGUCGUGAAGGUUAUCGGGAGUCUCGAGUGAAGGCAGCAACUCGGGUAAAGAGAAUAACAACAGCCGGAUGCAAAGCAAGGAUGUACGUCAUGCUUGAUAGGCAGAAGGAUAAUUGGAUGGUCUCCAAACUAGAACUGAAGCACACCCACCCGUGUUCUGCCAAGCAAGCUGUGCACUACACUGAGUACAAAGAACUGACCAUGCAUGCCAAGUGUGUGAUUCAGAACAAUGAUGAGGCUGGCAUACGGCCCAACAAGACUUAUCUCGCACUGACGAAUGAGGUUGGUGGCUCGUCGAAUUUGGGUUACUCAGAAAAGGAUGAGAGGAACUUCAUUACGAGCAAUUUGCGCUGUGCUGACGAAAACGCAGAUGUCAAGGAAAUGAUUAGCUAUUUCAUGCGAAUGAAAGAUAUCAACCCGAAUUUUUUUUAUGCAGUUGAUGUAGAUGAAGUUAACCAGUUUAAAAGUGCGCUUUGGGUAGAUACAAGAUGCAGGGCUUCCUAUGAAUAUUAUGGUGAUGUAGUAUCAUUUGAUACAACGUACCGUAGAAACAAGCACGGACUUCCAUUUGCAUCUUUUGUUGGCGUUAACCAUCAUGGUAAGUCCACUCUGCUCAGAUGUACUUUGAUGGGAAAUGAGGAAAUUUGUUGCUUUGAGUGGGUCUUUAAGCAAUGGUUGAGGUGCAUGGGAUCUUCCCCACAGGCCAUCAUCACGGGCCAGUGUAAAUCCAUGUUUGGUGCUAUCAAGAAUGUCCUUCCAGAUACUCACCACCGAUGGUGCAUAUGGUACAUAAUGAAAAAGAUACCACAUAAGCUCGGAGGAUAUGCUCGGUAUAAAGAAAUAGAUGAUAGAAUGCAUGGCACUGUUUGGAAUGCCAGUGGGUGUGUUAUGGAAUCUCUAUAUGGUGAUUAUAACUUUUUUUCUGUUGGUUAUGUAGACCUUUAUGACGAACGUCGAAUGUGGGUUCCAAUCUAUUUUCAAGGUAAAUUUUGGGUAGGUAUGAGAAGUACUCAACGGAGUGAGAGCAUGCACGCUUUUUACGGUGGUUACUUGCAUUUCAAGAGUGGACUGAUUCAGUUCGUGCAUGAGUAUGACAACGUACUUGGGAACAAGGAGCAAAAGGAACUGGAAGAUGAUGCUGCAGACGCUAAAGGAGUUGUUCCUUGUUCAUCGAGUACUACAAUUGAAAGACAAUUUCAGCGUGAGUACACAACCUCUAAGUUUAGGGAAGAACAACAGGAAUUCAGGAAAAAAGGGGAUUGUUUAGUCCGUGGUGCGACUCACGAGGGUAAUUUAUUUUAUUUGAUCGUGAAAGAGCAAUACAUAUUAUAUAGGGAACCUAGGUCCUGGAACAAUAUUGUCGAGUUUGACCCAUUGACACACAAGAUUCGGUGCGAGUGCAACAUGUUUGCAUCGAGAGGUAUUCUUUGUUGUCACUGUCUUGAUGUUUACUUUUAUUAUGGAGUAGAUAGAGUACCAUCUUGCUAUGUUCUCCCUCGAUGGAGCAAGAAUGUACAGCGGAAACACACUUUCAUUAAGAGUAGCCAUGACGAGAAGCGAUCGGAUGAAAGCCACAACUUAUUUAGAAGACUGUGUACGCACUUCUUUAAUGUGGCACAGGAAUUCAUAACAUGCGAAGAAGAGGCGGCCAUGUUAAAUUCGGGUCUUGAUGAGUUAAGGGCCAAGUUGGUUGAUUAUCGUGUGAACUUGGGGUCCAGAAGUGUUCCCAAUACAGAUAACAACAUGGUGACACAGUCUGACACAGCUUGUGUUGCAUCUGACAUUCAAAGUCCCUCUAAGGUCGCAACAAAGGGUCGACCGAGACUGAAGAAGCUUGGAUCUGAACUGGACACAUCCAUUAAGAGAUAUAUGCGAAGAAAGAAGAAUAAUCCACCUCAGGAAAAUAAUGGAGCAAUCAAUCCAAACAUAGUGGCGGUUCCUGCUCUGAGCACGAAUGAAUCACAUGGAAAUGGCGGGUUCUUGUCUUUGUUACACUCAUUUUUACAUAGUUAG